GUUAAAAUGGGCCUGUUAAUAGACUUGACAAACACCAGUAGGUUCUAUGACCGAAGUGAUGUAGAAAAAGAUGGCAUCGUAUAUGUAAAGCUUCAGUGUAAAGGGCACGGAGAGUGUCCCACUCCUGAAAACACAGAAACAUUCAUCCGUAUAUGUGAACAGUUCCGUAAUAAGAACCCAACAGAACUUAUAGGUGUUCACUGUACACAUGGUUUCAAUCGUACUGGAUUUCUUAUCUGUGCCUUUCUGGUUGACAAGUUGGAUUGGAG